AUGACCGACGUAUUUUCGGAAGGUAGGAGUAUUCGUUCGGAUAUUCCUUUUGGAGGUAAAGUUAUUGUAUUUGGUGGUGACUUUAGACAAAUCCUACCUGUUAUUCCUAAUGGUACUAGACAAGAAAUUGUUAGUGCAUCUUUAAGCUCUUCAUAUAUAUGGUUAAAAUGCAAACUGUUACGGCUGACUAAAAACAUGCGUCUAACUACUGGAGCUGAAAGUUCAAAUAUGAAGUCUAUCAGAGAAUUUGCAAAAUGGCUUAUUGAUAUUGGUGAAGGAAACGUUGGAGAUGAUAAUGAUGGUGAAGCAAUUAUAGAGAUACCAGAUGAUCUACUAAUCAUCGAUAUUUGUGACCCGAUACAAAGUUUAAUUGAUCUCCGAGCAAUUCUAGCACCCAAAAAUGAGGUAGUUCAUGAAAUUAACGAUCGAUUGUUUUCAUUAUUUCCUGGUGAUGCGAAAGAGUAUUUGAGUUCUGAUAGUAUAUGUCAAACUGAACAAAUGCUUGAUUCUUUUCAAGAAAGCUUAUACUCAACAGAAAAUUUGAAUGCUCUUAAGAUUUCUAGCUUGCCUAAUCACAUAUUAGUUUUUAAAGUUGGUGUUCCUGUGAUGCUUCUUCGAAACAUUGAUCAACAGAAAGGGUUAUGUAACGGUACAAUGCUUCAAAUUACUUUUCUUGGUAAACGAGUUAUAGAAGCUGAAGUAAUAUCUGAUGUUUGUUUUGCCAUGACAAUUAACAAGAAUCAAGGACAAUCGUUAUCAAAGGUUGGUCUUUAUUUGAAAGAUCCUGUCUUCACUCAUGGUCAGUUGUACAUUGCAUUAUCAAGGGUCAAGACCAGAGAAGGUGUUAAAAUACUAAUAUUCGAUUCUGAUGGAAAACCAACAAAUAAGAAUUCUAAUGUCGUUUACAAAGAAGUUUUUACUAGCUUAACACAAAAUUCAACGCCAGUAAUAAUUGAUGGUUGGGACAGUGUUGUUAAAGAUCUUAAUCUGCCGAGGGAUACUUUGUUGGUUUUCAGACCAUUAGGAGAUUUUGGGCUUAAACUUUCAUAUUUUGUGGAUGGCAUUUUUGAUGAAUCUUAUUUCACGUUCAAUCGUUAUGCAAGAUUUGGUUUUACGGUAAUCGAAGAUUGUUUCAUUAAACAAUUUUACGUAAACAACCCACCUAGUGGCAAAUAUCAAAUCUGUUAUAAGGGUUCUUAUUGGAAUGCUGAGGCGUCUAAGUUUGAUACCAACUUUGUAUUUGCUAAAUGA